GCGCCUUCGCAUUUCUCAAGAUCCCUGCAAACGACGCAAGAGUGACGUCACGAUAUCCGCAGAGCCAGACCCGGAAGUGUUGGUUAUGUUUGCAGGCUGGAGCUCCCCGACCCUGGAUCCUGAUGGCUGUGGAUACAGAAAAAGCAUGCUUUGGCCUUUACUGUGGAAAAACUGUUCUUUACUCAAAUGGGUCGAAUGAAACCUUUGGAGAAUGUGGGGCAUGUCCUCGAGGUCAGCGGAGCGACUCGAACAGCAUCUGCCGCCAGUGUAUCGGGUCUCCCGAGCUGUAUGACUGGCUGUAUUUAGGAUUUAUGGGCAUGCUUCCCCUUAUAUUACACUGGUUCUUCAUUGAAUGGUAUUCUGGUAAAAAGAGUUCCAGCGCACUCUUCCAGCACAUCACGGCCUUGUUUGAAUGCACUGUGGCCGCGCUGAUAACAUUACUCGUCAAUGAACCUGUUGGAUAUCUACACAUUCACUCCUGUGGAGUGGAAAAGCUUUCUGACUGGUAUACAAUGCUGUAUAACCCCAGCCCGGACUACGUGAACACUGUGCACUGUACGCAAGAGGCCGUUUAUCCCUUGUACACAGUCGUCUUCAUUUACUAUGCAUUCAGCUUGAUGCUGAUGAUGCUACUCCGACCUCUUUUAAUAAAGAAGAUCGCCUGCGGCUUGGGAAAGUCGGACCGCUUUAAGAGCAUCUAUGCAGCGCUUUAUUUCUUCCCAAUCCUAACCGUGAUACAGGCCGUAGGAGGUGGUUUACUGUAUUAUGCCUUCCCAUACAUCAUUCUGGUGUUAUCGCUGAUAACGCUGGCAGUGUAUAUGUCUGCAUCAGAGAUCGAGACUUUUAAGGAUCUUCUGGUGAGGAAGAAACGGCUGGUUGUUCUCGUUAGUCACUGGCUAGUUCAUGCCUAUGGGAUUAUCUCCAUUUCUAGAAUGGAUAAACUAGAACGAGACUUGCCUCUCCUAGCAUUGGUUCCGGGGCCUACACUCUUCUACUUGCUUACUGCCAAAUUUACAGACCCAUCACGGAUACGUCUGGAAGAAGGUAGUGGACAUUAACUUGGGGGGGUCAUCCGGACAGAAUGAACUGAACUGAGAAAGCCAUGAGCUUCAGCUGGAUGACGGUAUUUCCUGGACACGUGCAAAGGCAGUACGACGGAGACAGCCAUUUUGUCAGCUACUAUUUAUCUAAACAUAACUUAUGAUUACCAAGGAGCCAAUGACAAUACAUUUUAGCCGUUGGCUUCACAGGAUGGAGAAUUUAUUUUGUGCAAUGUUUUUUUUGCAUUGCUUACUCUCUGUUCAAAUCCAAUGAAGGGCCACAUUCUCAUCGACAGGACUGGCUGCUUCUAAUACGUGCAGACGUUAUAAAGGCCUUUUCCUUCACCUUGAAGCUUUAGUCCUAUAAACCGCAAAACCU